AUGACGUCGCAUCGCUGCCACACUGUGGCCGCCCUCUUCUUGCUGCUGUGCCAACUGCGCUGCCUUCUGAGCUGGUCGGAGGAUAUCCCUGCCGAGUGGGUGCUGCUCCACGUAGUCCAAGGCCAGGUGGGCGCGGGCAACUACAGCUAUCUGCGCCUCAACCACGACGGCGCUGUCAUCCUGCACAUGCUCAGCGUGACGGGCGACGCCGACCUGUACGUGUCAGACGCCACGCUGAGGCCCAGUUUUGACACUUACAAGCUACAGUCUGCCACCUGCGGGCGCGAUGCCGUGGCCGUGCCCGCCGAGUUCGCCCGGCCGGUGGGUAUCGCCGUGUACGGGCAUCCGUCGCACCGUCGUAGCGACUUUGAGAUGAGGGUCUACUAUGACCGCGGCGCCGCUCACGACCCAUUUGGCGGCGGCUCUCCAGCAGAAGAUGCCCGCAAAACGCACGGGGGCGCUGCUGAGGACAGUGACUUUGAUGAGGAGGACUCCAUGUUCUGGACAAACCUCAUCAGGCUUUUGGAGAUAAUCCUGGAAAUCCUCUUUUGA